AUGGCGGACGAAAGUAGAGUUCCUUCUGGUUCAUCGGGAUAUCAAAGUUCACCUACAGUAUGGAAAAGAAAGUAUUUAACUCUACAAAAACGAUGUGAACAGACAGAACAGGAAAGUGAACAAAUACUUAAUCGGAUAUACCAUGUGAACAAACUACUUCGUAGAUAUCGACGACAGAGAAGAUGCAUUAGAGAAAAACUGGAUGAACACAAAGAUGACUAUCGAAAUGCUCAACCUCCAUUACAGUCUCAGCUAAUGGCAGAAAUUGUCUCUGAAAGUUCACUAACCUACAUGGACUUUGAUAAUGGUGGACUACCAGUAUCACCUGGACAAACAAGUAACACUACAACAACUUCCAUUAAAAAGAAUAAGAGUCGAAAUCCUGCAAAGCAAGAGAAAGAAAAAGACCCAAAUGCUCCAAAAAAGCCUGCAAAUGCAUUCUUCAUGUUCUGCCAACAACAGCGUAAUGUCAUGCAAGACGACCAAAGGGAUGCAGCAGCAGCUAUGGGUCAUCAUGAACUUACGAAAACCCUGGCAAAAGAAUGGAAUAAUCUUAUUGAUAAUGAUAAAAAAGUAUAUUAUGAGAUGUAUGAAAAAGAGAAAGAAAGAUAUGAACGAGAGAUGAAAAAUUAUACCUCCGAUAAGGGCAAGUCCAAAAAAGAUAAAGACUCCUCGUCAUCAAAAAAACAAAAGUCCAAAGCACAAAAAACCAAAGCAACCUUGCCGACAGCUACUGUUACACAACCUUGUCCUGAAUCUCGAUCUGGUCUUGUGUCUCCAACAUUAGAUCCACUGACACAGAGUCUUAUACCAUUUAACCUUCCCCUUAUACCGUCACCACCUCUCCUUUCUAAUGAUAAAGAUACAUUCCAAGACUUUAGCCAACUAUCUUCACCACCCCAUGAUUCAUUCAUGCAAACAUGAUGAAGAAUAAUUAUGAACACUAUGAUUCUCCAUAAUCCUGUAAAUACUUGUCAAUAAAAUUCAUUUUCAGUGGCCAAGAAAAAAA